CAAAUGGUAUCGCAGAAGAAGACCUUACCUCCCAGUCCACUGUUCCGACGGACUUCUUCUCCACAGUGGAAAUGAUCUGGCUCACGACGCUCCUCGCAAUUGCGAUUGCAUCGACGAAUGCCUCGCCAACUCGAAGCAGUGGAUGCUCCGUGUCCCUGAACGGAGACCUGAACGACCCGCAGCCACUGAUCCUGGUGCCAAAAGGUCAAGAAGUCAGUUACGUAUUGCCCGUAGACACCAGCGGGACGUUGGUCUUCGCAGAAAACGAGGAACUUCGUCUGGCAUGCGUGGGAGACAACAACUAUCUGGUGGGUGUGGGCAAUGAGGAUGUCCAGGACAUCGAGGCGUACUGCGUCAGCGACAAAACAUUCCUGGUAAACUCGGUGGAGUACGAAUUUGGCGAUUUGGUGUGCAGUUUCGUGCCAUCAAGUACCGUCAGGAGAACUGGGGAAGCCUGUCUGAACAAGUACAGCCAGCUCGAGAUCGGAUUCGAUCUUGGAGAUGAGUUCCUGAGGACGAUUGAAAUCUGCCGUGACGACGACAUCUACUUCACCUAUUGGACCAAGUUCAACCUGACCAAAACCAUCGGUGGCUACCAGCGCAGCUAUCCGAGGCCCAGCUGGUCCCAAGGCGACUUCUGGGGUGACUACAACGUAAACACCCAGUUCACCAGGUCGGUCCAGAGGGCGACGGUCUCCCUCAUCGUGAACUCCACCGAUCUCGGCGCCACGUACAUCAGCAGCUCCUCGAACUACUACUUCGCUCGAGGUCACAUCACCGCGAAGGCUGACUUCGUCUACGGCUCGGCCCAUUGGUCCACUUUCUGGUACGUGAACUGCCACCCGCAGUGGCAAACCUUCAACGGAGCGAACUGGAUGUACUUGGAGUCGGACGUCAGGGACUAUGCCAGUAACUCUCAGGUGGACCUCGACGUCUACACGGGUGUCCAUGGCAUCACAACCCUCCUCGACGUCAAUAACUUGGAACAACCUAUAUAUUUCUACGCCUCUGGAGACGAACGUGCCCUGCCAGUUCCGAAAUUCUUCUGGAAAAUCAUUUACGAUCCGCUCACGCAGAAGGGAACUGCCUUCGUCGGUGUUAACAAUCCGUACAUCACCGAAGUGACAUCGGACUACUACAUCUGCGACGAUAUAAGCAGCAAGAUCACGUGGCUGACUUGGACCGCGGAUAGCAUUGAGAAGGGCAUCUCUUACGCCUGCACCAUCGACGAUCUGAGGGAAGUUGUUCCAACCUUACCGGAACUCACCGUCGUUGACAUAUUGACGUAGAAUCUAAUCAAUAUUCGCUUUAAGAAUUUAUCAGCGCAGAGUUAGACUAUUAAUCGGUCAGCUGAUUGUCAUGCUGUUAAAAUCGUCACCGGUUAUCAAACGAAGUAUGUUCUG